UUGUUUGUUUGUUUUUUUUUUUUUGGGGGGGCGGGGAUCUUCUCUGUGGGCUGCAAAAGUGCAAAUGGAUUUUCUGGCACUGGGCAGAUACACUAUUUGACACUUCGAUAACCGUCGUCCAAAGCAAUUUACAGGGCAAGGUAGGUGCCAUAGCGUUGGGUUGAUCAGGGGAAUUGCUUGCGAGAGUAUGGAUUAUCUGGGCAUUGAUGUGAGCUGCGCUGUGGGAUCUCUCCGCCAUGGCCACUUUCCAGACAAGGAGUGCUUGCUACCUCUUAUUUCCAAGCUCCUCGGCUAUGCCAUCGUCGCCGCUUCGACUACCGUCAAACUUCCCCAGAUUUUAAAAAUUCUGAAUCAUAAAAGUGUCAGAGGCCUUAGCAUGAUAUCUUUCGAGCUCGAAGUUGUUGGCUAUACCAUAGCACUAGCCUACUGUCUUCACAAAGGGCUUCCGUUUUCAGCUUAUGGGGAGCUAUUGUUUCUUUUAAUCCAAGCUUUAGUUUUGGUUGCUAUAAUCUACUACUUUUCUCAACCCAUGGGUACCAAAACAUGGAUCCGAGCGUUACUAUAUUGUGCUGUAGCACCCACUAUCUUGGCUGGUCAAAUCAAUCCUCUUCUCUUUGAAGCUCUGUAUGCAUCUCAGCAUGCAAUUUUUCUCUUUGCCAGGAUUCCACAAAUAUGGAAAAACUUUUCUAGCAAAAGCACUGGAGAACUCAGUUUCUUAACAUCAUUCAUGAAUUUUGGAGGUUCAAUGGUCAGAGUCUUUACCAGCAUCCAAGAAAAUGCGCCAACUAGUGUCAUACUGGGUUCUGUACUUGGUGUCGCAACAAAUUUUACUAUCUUAAGUCAGAUAGUGAUAUACCAGAAACCUCGGGCUGGGCCAGAGAAGAAGACGAAGUAGAAGAAAUAUGCCAGGUUAUAUAUCAUUUUAUGCUGAGUUCUCUACUUUCAAGUUUCAACAGCUAAUAGGUGGGCUGUGACACUGUCUGAUUUGGUUUCAAAGAGACUAUUUUCAAUUCUAUUUUAUUGAUUGUACAAUAUUGUUUAUCAGGCAGUAAUUUAAAGAAUUGAUUCAGGUUC